AUGUUCCAGAUUUCGCCAUAUGAGCUCAGGACUCCCUUCCCAGCCACGAUCAGCUAUUCCUUUGCGCCGGUCUACAACGGCAAAGCUUGGGCCAUUUUGACCUCCAACAUGGCCGCGCGCACUCCGGCUGAGAUCAAGGCGCUGUACAUGGCAUCGGGCGGUUCAACCUGCAACGUGCAGAACAUGGACGUGCAAGCUGGGUUAGAAAGUGAGAUUGGCAACUUUACGUGCGCUCUCUCAGCCAGUCAAACAUACAAGCUCCACGUCUACGUUGAGGACUGCUUCUCCGUGCAAGGUAGCACAAAGAUCGCCUAUGAUCGCCUCAGCCGCCUGAUUUUGGUCCAACCUUACGUUGGGGUGGUCUUGGGAGGGUCCAAGCAAUCACUGGCGGCUUCAUAA